ACAGUAAGGUCGGGCACCCGCCCACAAUAUCAGACAGGCGGAGUUAUUUCAUAAACUCCACCGGAAUCUCGUCUGAAGACGGCCAAACUUCGCCGGAAACAACCAAAAUACCGCCGUAAACCACUCCCUCUGCUCAUAUUCCACUAACUUGAGUGGACAGACUCUCCGGAAAACCACUGAGGGCGGGUUUCAUCAGCAAGGAAGGAUGCUGGCGUGCAUUGCUUGCUCAAAGCAUUUGGAUGAUGGAGAAGAGGAGGAAAAUGCACGCGGCACUCCAAGGAAUAAAGAUGGUGUCAAAAGCAUCACUGCCCAGAUAAAGGACAUGGCCUUGAAAUUCUCGAGUGCGUACCGGCAAUGCAAGCCAUGCACCAGUAGCUCCUCUUCUUAUCGGAAGGGCCGGCACCCAUUCUUAGACAUCGAUGCAGCCUCAGAAGAGCCAUCAAGCUAUGCCUAUCAUAGGCCAGGGAGCUCUUCCUCCACACCAGCUUGGGAUUUUCCAAGCCAAGGUUCAGACCCACAUGCACUAGUAGAUUCAUCGAGGUUCAAGAGACCAUUGAGCCUAGAGGGUUCGAGUGGGCUUGGUGUGGGAUCGGGUCGUGUGGUCUUGGAAGAGGAGGAGGAGCCAAAGGAGUGGCAGGCUCAGGUUGAGCCUGGUGUGCUCAUCACCUUUGUCUCAUUGCCUGGAGGUGGGAAUGAUUUGAAGAGGAUACGGUUCAGCCGUGAGCUAUUUGAUAAAUGGCAAGCACAGAGAUGGUGGGGUGAGAACUAUGACAGGAUUAUGGAGUUGUACAAUGUGGAGAGGUUCACACGCCAAGCAGUCAACCUUCCUACUCCCCCAAGGUCUGAGGAUGAGAGAGAUGCCAGUUCUAGGGUAAAUUCAGCUCGAGAGAGCCCUGUGACACCCCCUCUUGCCAAAGAGCGAACACACCGGAACUUUUACCGACCCACUGGGAAAGGAUAUUUUUCAGAUUCGGCAGAGAAAUGGGCAUCAGCUGGCUCCAGUUAUGGUGGCUACAAUAGCCAUAUCUUUAACAGUAAUAGUAACAUUAACAAUAAUAAUAGAGGGGAGACUUCAUCAAUAGAUGCUUCGAGGACUACAAGCUCAUCAAGGGAUGAAGCCUCAGUGUCAUAUAGCAAUGCAAGCGAGGCAGAAACAGAGUGGGUGGAGCAGGAUGAGCCUGGGGUUUACAUUACAAUCAGGGCCCUGGCCGAUGGGACUCGUGAGCUUCGUAGGGUCAGAUUCAGUCGUGAAAGAUUUGGAGAAGCCCAUGCGAAGCUCUGGUGGGAGGAGAACAGAGAGAGAAUACAGGCUCAGUACCUCUGAUAGCACAUCCAUUAAAAUGCAUAGAUAUGGUCAGGCCGGGAGGUCUGGAGGGUGGGGGGCUGCAUGGAUACAUGUGGGAGGCGGCAAAUAUUUUUCCCUUUUGACAUUUGAGUUCCAAUUUUUCCCUUUCUUUUUCUUUACCUGGGAAACGUUCACAUAGAAAAUUCAUGAUUAAAUUACAAUACAGCAAAGAAAAAGAGUGAUGUACUUCAUGUUUUGAUUUAUUGGAAUGGGUUCUAAUUUUUGCUUCUG